GGAUCGUUAACCCUCUGAGCAAGGGCAGGGACCGAACCUGCAACCUCAUGGUUCCUAGUCGGAUUCGUUAACCACUGCGCCACGACGGGAACUCUAGCAGACUAUUUCUGAAAUCCACAUCUAGACUCAUCUUUUGAAACCUGGAAGAGGAUAUACCCAUCUUUAGCUUUCUAGCCCACCUCUCAUUCUCCAUUACCUUUUGGUACUGACAUUACACCUAUUAGUUCUUUCCCUGUAUUUCAGUGGAUAGAGGUUAUCUGGGGAUGACUACUGGAAUUUAAUGACUGGGUGCUUCAUCACUGCUUUCUUAUCUCAGACUUCAAUUCUUUGUUAACAUCUGUCAUAUUUUCAAUUCUCCAUAGUAGAAAAGGCAAAAACAAAAAAGAGUUGUGUAGUAUAUCACAGUUAAGCUUUGUCAUCAUUCCUCUUUUAUUAAUUACCUUGCUUUCAUAAAGUCUAAAGCCCCUCUAGGUAUUCUUCACUUCAGCAUUUUUCCUAAAUCUCAGCUCAUUCUGGGCAUUCAAUUUCCUUCUUCAUAUUAACAUUUAUUGAAUUCACUAUUUGAAAUUAUUUACUUGAUGUAUUUGUUAUCUAUUGAUUGUUCCUGGCAAAUGCUGUCGCAUAACGAUGCUUUCUUUUUUAAAACUUAGUUAUAUGCUUCUCCUUCUACCUUCUGUUCAUUUCUUAACAUUUGCAUUUACCAAGGUUUUUCUUUUCAAAGGUUAUCUAUUAAGCACCCAUUUUUAGAGGUCUCUAUUCAUUUCAAUGUUUGUUAAAUAUACUAUAUACUAAUAUUUUCCCUGAUUAAAAAAAAAAUACUUCCCUAGAGUCUAAGAUAUAUGUUAACUGUCUCACUUUUUCCUUCUAAUACUCUUACAUACCCCAGAAUGACCAAUAUCUGGCUGAAUUUACUAACCAGUUCCUCUGUGUUGGUGAGUAUACGUUCCUUUUUUUUUUUUUUUUUCUUUUUUAAUUCACUUAUUUUCUGUAUCACUUACUCCAGGAACUUGGAUUGCUCUGAAAAUAUUGGCUGCACUAUUCCUGUUCAGGGUGGUAGAACGUGAUUUUCACAACAUUCAGGCAUGAGCAUUUCAUCAGCCCCAGCAGCUAAAGGAAGGCCUUAGGAAAUCCUAAUUUUCUCAGAACUGACUGGGUAACAAAUUAAAAUUUCAACAUUUCCUUCUACUUAUAGUUUGAAGCCUUUCACACCACAUAACUCCUUCUAAUUCUUUCCCUCUACUUCUAUAAGACUAUGUCAUAAAACACUUAAUCAUUUGCUUAUAUAUAAUAUUCCACUUUGCUAUUCACCUUUAUAUAAGUGUUCACAUACAUAAACUCAUGUCUACACUUCCUUUUUUUAAUUUUGAAAAAGGAGAAAGAAAAGAUGUGAGACAAAAAGGGAGAGGGAGGAAAAGAGGGGACAUGAGGACAAAAGGAAAAGGGGCCUGGACUGAGGACUGGUAUUACUAGCCCCUCUGCCAGAGCACUUGCACCUGAGGGUUAGAUAAAGCAAAUAGCGAAGAAGAAAUAGGAAAGUGAGUGAAUUGCCUCCAUUCUCAGCUUUGCUUUCUAGAAGGUCUGUCUGGGGACUGACUGCAGUGACCAUAAAAUCCUGAACAUUUGCCUUGAACAUGAACCCUCGAAGAGAAGAAUCACAGGACCGGGCCAUCGUCAAAAUAGCAGCUCAUUUACCAGACCUCAUUGUCUAUGGAGAAUUCUCUCCAGAGCGACCCUCUGUGGAUUAUUUUGAUGGAGUCUUGAUGUUUGUUGACAUUUCAGGCAAGCGCAAAAGGGAUGUUUAAUGUGGGUGAACAACAGGCUCACAGUGGAAUCACACGCCAGGGUGGGGGUGCCGUUUUUGAUUUUUUGUGCUGUGACUUUGAAUCCUACUGAGAAAACAGGAGCGGGGAGGGGGUAACCUGUGGGCCUGGUUCCCUCUCAUUUUCCCUUACCCCUCAUGUCCAGUCAUGGGCAAAUCUUUAAGAUGCUCAUGUCCCAGGCCUGGAAUUUCAGGCUCCAGUAUCCCUGUCCCAACUUCACUGACCUAAUUCCCCAAGCCCCACACACACCCAGGCAAAACUGACCUCAGGAAACUGUCUCUCCAGAUGUUGUUUACAGCUAACAGUAAAAUUACCACCUCAUCAUAAGUCUUUGAGUUUUGCAUAUUUUCAUUACCAUGAAAUGGAAAUUCUAUACCUAGUUACAAAAAUUGCAGACAUCCCUGUACACAUUGAGAAAUGUGGAGGGAAGAGUUAUCUGGAGCCUUUCCUUGACCCCUAAAGCAAUAAACAUAUAAGAGGCCCAAUAUCUGACACCUGACCAGCUUCAAAGAUCAUUCAAAAUAAACUCUGCCAAGAGGAAAAAAAAAGAAAGAAACUCUGCCAGUUCUUAAAAGUUGAGGCCCCCUGUUCACCAGUUAGUCCUCUUCUCCUGACUCUGUUUGGUUCCUCGAAACACCCAAACUAGCUGCACAUUUGUUACAGGUUUUACUGCAAUGACUGAGAAGUUCAGCACAGCCAUGUACAUGGACCGAGGGGCUGAGCAGCUGGUGGAGAUCCUCAACCACUACAUAAGUGCAAUAGUGGAGAAAGUGCUGAUUUUUGGAGGAGACAUCUUAAAAUUUGCAGGUGAUGCGCUGCUAGCCCUGUGGAAGGUGGAACGGAGGCAACUGAAAAACAUCAUCACCGUGGUAAUUAAAUGUAGCCUGGAGAUCCAUGGAUUGUUUGAGACCCAGGAGUCUGAAGAAGGCCUGGAUAUCCGAGUCAAGAUAGGACUGGCUGCCGGCCACAUCACCAUGUUAGUUUUUGGAGAUGAAACUCGCAACUAUUUUCUAGUGAUUGGUCAGGCGGUGGAUGACGUGCGCCGCGCACAGAACAUGGCGCAGAUGAAUGACGUCAUUCUCUCGCCUAACUGCUGGCAGCUCUGUGACCGCAGCAUGAUUGAAAUCGAGAGGAUUCCGGAUCAGAGAGCAGUUAAGGUUAAUUUCUUAAAACCGCCCCCUACUUUUAACUUUGAUGAAUUUUUCACAAAGUGUAUGUCUUUCAUGGAUUAUUAUCCUUCUGGUGACCAUAAAAACCUCCUGAGGCUGGCUUGCAUUCUGGAGUCCGAUCCUGAACUGGAGCUGUCCUUGCAAAAGUAUGUAAUGGAAAGCAUAUUGAAGCAGAUUGAUGACAAACAGCUUCGGGGUUAUUUGUCUGAGCUUCGCCCAGUGACAAUCAUGUUUGUGAACCUGAUGUUUAAGGACCAAGACAAAGCAGAAGUCAUAGGUUCAGCCAUUCAGGAUGCCUGCGUGCACAUCAAUUCUGUCCUGAGGGUCUUCCGAGGCCAAAUCAACAAAGUCUUCAUGUUUGACAAGGGCUGCUCCUUUCUCUGUGUCUUUGGUUUCCCUGGGGAAAAGGCACCUGAUGAGGUCACUCAUGCCUUGGAAAGUGCUGUGGAUAUAUUUGACUUCUGCUCUCAGGUUCACAAAAUCCACACCGUUUCCAUCGGCGUGGCCAGCGGGAUUGUCUUCUGUGGAAUCGUUGGACACUCUGUGAGGCAUGAGUACACAGUCAUUGGUCAGAAAGUCAACAUAGCUGCCAGGAUGAUGAUGUACUACCCAGGAAUCGUGACUUGUGACUCCGUCACCUACAAUAGCAGCAACCUACCAGCCUACUUUUUUAAAGAACUUCCAAAGAAAGUUAUGAAAGGUGUUGCAGAUUCUGGACCAGUAUAUCAGUGUUUGGGCCUUAAUGAGAAAGUCAUGUUUGGGAUGGCAUACCUCAUCUGCAACAGAAAUGAGGGUUACCCUUUGCUGGGACGUGAUAAGGAGAUCAAAUACUUCAUGUGUACUAUGAAGGAAUAUUUGAUGUCUAACUGCAGCCGAGUCCUGAUGUAUGAAGGAUUACCGGGAUAUGGAAAAAGCCAGAUACUUGUGGAAAUUGAGUACCUGGCCCAAGGUGAGAACCACAGGACUAUUGCUAUUGCUUUGACUAAGAUCAGCUUCCAUCAAAAUUUUUAUACCAUCCAGAUACUCAUGGCUAAUGUACUAGGUCUGGAUACUUGCAAACAUUAUAAAGAACGACAGACCAACCUUCAAAAUAAAGUCAAGUCACUGUUGGAUGAAAAGUUCCAUUGUCUUCUUAAUGACAUUUUCCAUGUACAGUUUCCUAUUUCACGGGAGGUUUCCAAGAUGAGCACCAUGAGGAAGCAAAAGCACUUGGAAACAUUGUUUAUGAAGAUCUUGGAGCAAACAGUGAAAGAGGAAAGGAUUAUUUUCAUCAUCGAUGAAGGCCAGUUUAUUGAUUCCGCCUCCUGGACCUUUAUGGAGAAACUUAUCCGGUCUGUUCCCAUCUUCAUCAUCAUGUCCCUGUCUCCCUUCAUGCCCUGUGCAGCUGCCAGCGCCAUAAUGAAGAACAGGAACACCACCUACAUCACCCUUGGAGCCAUGCAACCUAAGGACAUCCGCAACAAGGUCUGCCUAGACCUCAGUGUCACAGGGAUCCCCAAAGAACUGGAUAUUUACCUGGCAGAGGGAAGCUGUGGGAUUCCACUUUACUGUGAAGAAUUGCUUAAAAACCUGGACCAUCACAGGGUACUCGUUUUCCAAACAAUGGAGUCUGAGGAAAAGACAAAUGUGACCUGGAAUAACCUGUUCAAGAAUUUUGCCAAGCCAACAGAAGACUUAAAAAUAUUUACUUUAGGUUUUGAGGAAGGAAAUGAAGAAGUCUGUAACCUCGCUAGUGGUGUCAGAUUGAAAAACUUGUCACCACCAGCAUCAUUAAAAGAAAUCUCUCUGGUCCAGCUGGAUAGCAUGAGCCUGUCCCACCAGAUGUUGGUGAGAUGUGCUGCCAUCACUGGCCUGACUUUCACGACAGAGCUGUUGUUUGAGAUUCUCCCUUGUUGGAACAUGAAGAUGAUGAUCAGUGCCCUGGCAACCUUAGUGGAAUCCAAGGUCUUUGGUUGUUUCCGGAAUGGAAAAGAGCUCAGGUUGGCCCUGAAACAGAAUACGGCCUCUUUUGAGGUGAAUUAUCGCUCCCUCUCUCUAAAGCCCACUGAAGGAAUGGCCCGAGGCGAGGAGGAGGAUCACCGUGAGCUGGAAAGCCAGGUGAUUGAGUACCACAUCAUUCGAUUCUGCAAGCCAAUGAUGCAGAAAACAGCUUAUGAGCUGUGGCUGAAGGACCAGAAGAAAGCCAUGCACCUGAAAUGUGCCCGCUUUCUGGAGGAAAACGCCCAUAGGUGUGACCACUGCCGAAGUGGUGACUUCAUCCCCUUCCACCACUUCACAGUGGACAUCCGGCUCAACACUUUGGACUUGGAUACCAUUAGGAAGAUGGCUAAAUCCCAUGGAUUUCGAACUGAAGAAGAGAUCACCUCUUCCAGAAUGGAGAUUUCUAAGAGAUCUGAAAUGUUUUCGGAAAAUCUCAGUUCGGAAGAAAUAAGAGAAAAGAUCUUGAGAUUCCUUGACAUCAUUAUAACAAAAAUGAGGACACCUGAGGAGGACAUCAUCCCGCUGGAAUCUUGCCAGUGUGAGGAGAUCCUGGAGCUUGUGAUCAUGCCUCUGGCUCACCACUUUCUGGCUCUGGGGGAAAACAAUAAAGCCUUAUAUUACUUCCUGGAAAUUUCAUCUGCCUAUCUCAUCUUGGGUGAUAAUUAUAUGGCUUACAUAUAUUUGAAUGAGGGAGAGAGGUUGCUGAAAACCCUCAGGAAGGAGAAAUCUUGGAGUAAGACUUUUGAGUCGGCUGCAUUUUAUACCCUCAAAGGUCAGGUCUGUUUCAACAUGGGCCAGAUGGUGAUUGCCAAGAAAAUGCUGAGGAAGGCCUUGAAGCUCCUCAAUCGAGUCUUUCCUUCCAACUUAAUCUCCUUGUUUCUCCAGACCCAUGUUGAGAAAAACAGAAACUUUCAUUAUGUGAAUCAGAAUCAGCAGGCCCAGGAGAGCUCACCUCCAGGGAAGAAGAGGCUAGCACAACUUUACCAGCAAACUACCUGCUUCUCCUUGCUGUGGCAGAUCUGUAGCUUAAAUUAUUUUUUUCACUACAAGUAUUAUAGCCACCUGGCAGCUAUGAUGCAAGUAAAUACUGCAAUGGAAACUCAGGAUGAUUUCCAGAUCGUUAAGGCCUACCUGGACUAUUCACUGUACCACCAUCUGGCCGGCUACCAGGGCGUGUGGUUCAAAUACGAGGUCAUGGCCAUGGAGAAGAUUUUCAACCUCCCCCUGAAACUCGAGAGUAUUGAGAUCACGACCUACGUGGCAGAUAAGCUUGGCUACAUCAAGCUGCUAAUGGGUUACUUGGACUUGGCCAUUGACUUAGGCUCGCGAGCCCACAAGAUGUGGUCAUUGCUUCGGAAUCCCAACAAACACUGUCUGGUCCUCUGCUGGCUCUGUAAAUCCCUCUUCUUGAAAAGCAGAAACAAGCAAUUGAUCCAGGUGCUGGGGUGGCUGUGGGAUCUCUCCAUAGCAGAAGAGCACAUCUUCAGCAAGGCAUUUUUCUAUUUUAUCUGCCUGGACAUCAUGCUUUAUUCUGGCUUUGUUUAUAGGUCAUUUGAUGAAUGUUUGGAUUUCAUAUACCAAAAUGAAGACAACAAAAUCCUCAAGUUCCAAAGUGGAAUGCUCCUGGGACUUUACUCGUGUACAGCCAUCUGGUAUGCCAGACUUCAGGAGUGGGACACCUUUCACAUAUUUUCCAAUAAAGCCAAAAACCUGAUGUCAAGAAGAACUCCGACAGCUCUUUACUACAUAGGCAUGAGUAGGUACAUGGAAGGGCAAGUUCUCUACCUUCAAAAGCAAAUUGAAGAACAAUCAGAGACGGCUCAGGACAGUGGAGUCGAGCUCCUCAAGAACUUGGAGAGUUUGAUUGCUCAAAAUACCACUGGGCCUGUCUUCUACCCAAGGCUCUACCACCUGAUGGCCUAUGUCUGUAUACUAAUUGGAGAUGGGCAGAACUGCGACCUCUUCCUGAACACAGCCUUACAGCUCUGUGAGACACAAGGGAAUGUGCUGGAGAAAUGCUGGAUGAAUAUGAGCAAAGAAUGGUGGUACUCAAGCUCUGAGUUUACAGAAGACCAAUGGCUUCAAACAAUCCUGAAUCUCCCAUCAUGGGAAAAGGUUGUAUCAGGCAAGGUAAACAUGCAGGAUGUUCAAAGAAACAAAUUCCUGAUGAGAGUUAAUAUCCUGGACAAUCCUUUCUAACAUUUCCUGAAAGACAACAAAUAUUUUAGUAACGCUCACUCUUUUGUGAUUAUCCAUUAUUAGCCUUUCUCUUCUGCCAUCACCCUCCAGCUUCCUACACACUCCCUUCUGUUGCAGACAUGGAAUAAGACCUGCUGGUUUCUCCUCUGUUUGGGGGGGUCAGAAAAGGUCGGCAGUGUCAUACCUUCCUUUCUUCCAGCUUUUCAAGGAUUCCCUUGGCUUCUCAAGUUGUUUUAGCUUAGCCUGUCUAUUUUUAGCCCCAGCAAAAUUAUAUCAGAUGGAAAAUUUUUAAAUCAAAGUGAUACAUGUUGUGACAAAUACACUUCUACUUAAUCUAUUAAAUUGAAAUUGGUGAUUUUUAAAUGUCUAGUCAUUCCAUCUUUUAAAUGUAGCCCAGGAUUACAAAUAGUAAAUUCUCAUCAAGGUUUGUAAAGGGCAAGAUUUGAAAAGGCUGCUCUUUGUCAUGCCUAAGGGCAGCCUCCCAGUCCCUGCUAACCACAUGUAUCAAAUACUGUGCAAAUAAAUUAUUUGAAAUGGAAAUACUAGCAUUUAUGUGGGUACC